GUUAGUCUACUUAACAUUUCAAUCGUGUGCAUCGAUCUGGAACGUGUGUUUAACACUUUCACUUACACAUGUUACAAUUGAGCGUCUAUGAAAUAAAAGGUACAAAGUUAAUCUAAAAGCUACUUCAGCGACAGAAUAAAACUGACCCGAAUGGCCAAAUCGGAUAAAAGAAAAUCAUUAGAAUUCUUUACGUAUCUAUGCCAGAAAGUGGGAUCUGAUGAUAUUGUAAGGGCAAGAUGAUUAUUGUGUACAAUCGGGGAUAUAGCCUUGGAUAAUAAUUUUCCGAAAGUCAGCAGUGGAAGUAAAGGGGAAGGACUCAAUUUUAAAGAUAGUGACACCAAUGUUAUGUUUAUCGAACCUGAUUACAGAGUAUAUGAACUUGAGAGUGAUGUUACUACUAUUGAUAAAGCGGCUUUUAUUAUGAAUAAAGAGGAAACGCCCCCAUGUUUCACCUAUCUUCAUUUAUUAAGCAACCAGAAUGUGUAUCCUGAGCUGAUGUUCGAACAGAAAGAUGGCAAGAUUCUGCUAUCAAGUGAACUUUUUCGAAUGCAUCGUUUAAGACAAUUGAAAAAAACAAAACCUUCGUUGAGGCAUACUCAUGGUCCAUGUAUAACAGACGAUUUCGAACAGCAUGAUAUUGCAUAUUGCAUCAAAUGUGAAAAAUGGAUAUCAGCAGCGCAGCCAUGGAUCAGCAGACCACGUUCACUAUGGCCACCUUCUAGACUUAUUUCACAGAUAACAUCCUUAGGUGUCCUUUUUGUCCCUAUCGGUUGUAAAGGAUCCGUUAAUGAAAAUUUUGAAUGGAGGAUAUCGUUUUCUGUGGCAGAAAAAAAUAUUGAUCUUUUCAUGGAGUCAUACCCAGUUACUGUGCUAUGCUUUAUUGAAAAUUCUGCUGAAAGAAAUUAUACAAAAGAUUGACAUACUUAAAGAUUUACUAUGUUCCUACUUCAUCAAAACUCUUAUGUUUUGGAUAUCUGAAGAAUCUGAUCCGUCUAUUUGGCGACCAGACAACAUUAUUCCUUGUUUUAUGGCAUGCUUACAGAAAUUGUUAUACUGUAUAGAGUAUUCAACACUGUUACACUAUUUCAUUCCAGAAACAAAUCUCUUUUAUUCAAGGUUCAAUACGAGAAACAAAGAAAAGCUAAUCAACCUCCUUAAGAAUUCAUAUCAUCGAGGUAUUCAAUUUUUUUCUUCAUCAGAAUCUUUGAAUGAUUUCUCAAUGUUUUCAUGUGGUGUUACCAAGUCAUUUGAUUGGAAUUCAAAAUUAGUAGAAGAAAUAAUAGAGCUGUUCCCACUUAACAACGAUAGAGGACAUAUUCGUAGAUUGAUGUACAACUUCCUACACCACUCUAAAAGUAGACUAGGAAAAAGUAUCUUUAGUCUAUUUUUGUCAAAUGCACACCAGUUUGUAUCACAAAGAUCAGAUGCUCACCACAGAUCAAACAACAAACAACACUAUUAUGAGUACACACAUGGGCUCAGUCACUUGCUGGUAGGUUUGAAUUCAGAUGCGUUAUCAGGAUGGCUGGUAUUGGCCUCAUUUUUCAAUGUUUAUAAGAAUUAUCGAGCCGCAUUAGCUGUAAUAAACCAUGCUUUGUCUAAAUGUACGGACGAAACCAUCACUCUGUCGAACGAUCAUACUCUUAUUACAGAUUUUUCUUUCAAUGAUAAAACGAAAGAAUACGUAACAAAAUUGAUAGGAACAGAUAACUAUAUCAAAGCCGUGAAACAUUUAUCGAUUCUGAUGCUCCGUAUAAUAAUAGCUUCUAAUAAUAGAGAACAAACAUUUGCUUCGUCAGUACAAAGUAACGAUUAUUUAAUCAAAGCAAAGUGUGACUUACUUCAUCGCAUAACAGGAGACACUCACCCUGUCGACACUCACCCUGUCGACACAAUCGUUCUCGCGCCUUUUGUAGUCAAUUUGAAUUUCUCAGUUUUUGUCUGUUUCCUGGAUUUGUCUUCUUCAUUGAUUGGUGAGAUUUGA